GCUGUGUUGUGUGUGAGAGCAGCAGUGUUUGUCGCGUGAAGUGGGCGGGUCAGUGCUGCUGAUGAUGUCAGUGCUGAGGGUUCAGCUAGACUGACUAACUCACUGACCGCUGGAUCUGAUCUGCCGGAUCACUGCCGGAGCCGCUCUUCCAGCGCGAGGAAGUGUUGAGUGUGAAACAUUCUGGUCACUCUGAAAUAUCAGCCACAACUGUUGAGUCCAUUAGAAGAGUCACAUCUAGAGAAAACCAUACGCCUGAACAUGAGGAGCGUUAUAUGUUUCAUAGCUGUUUUUCUGUGUCUGAGAACCACAGCUUCAGAUUCCAGUGCGAUCUGUGAGCUGGAGAAUGUUCCCGGAAACCGCAAUGAUUGGAUCGUCCUGCAGGAAAUGUCUCUGGGAUGCUGGACGGAUUUCACCAGCCAGGACGGGAAAGAAGUCCACAUCCUCAAGCUGCUAUCCUCACCUGUAAGUCAGCUUGAGCAGUAUUGUGCAGCUUCAUCAAUUUUUUGCUUUGAUCUGCUGCACUGCUGCUGCUGCUGCUGCAAGCAAGGAACAUUUUUACAACUCUUCUUAACUGCAGCAAACCCAUCGGUGGUUAUCAUCACCUCCAGAAGCAAACUAACCAUCGUGCUUAAUGACAAUCCCGAAGUGAACAUCUACGUAACAAACGACACUUCAAUACGUUAUUUACGUUCAGUUGGAGGACCUCCACAAACACACAUUGCCUCGUUCCCAGACAGCGAUUCUGAAGUUCUGAAAUGGGCAGUAGAGACUUUUGGUGGAGUGACGUCCUUCACCACAGCACGAGAUCCCGAGAGCAUCACUUUCACCGGGAUAAGAGCUGCACAGCGACCAUCAACGUGUGCCCUGCAGCUGGAAACACCAGCAGAUAAACAGUUCAUUGAUCUGAAGCUGACCUCUCAAUCUGAUGAGCUCAAAUCAUGUUACAAAAAGCCUUCUGAGGAACCACUGCACGUGAUCAAUAUUCCUGAUGACGUCAAAAUACGGAAUGUUUCUUUGCAUAUAUCAUCCAAGUCCAAAUUGUUCCUGAGAGGUCCAACAGGCACUGAGUGGAUCAUCAACGACGCUAAAGUGAUCAAACUUCUGACGAACAAUCAUAUAAUCUUAUAUGGGAUGAGUGUGCCUGUGAUGUUGACGAUCUCUGAUGACCCUAGAGAAAUCAGGAAGGAGGUGUUGUUACGCUACAACAGCACCAUUACCAGCUACUCUGAGAUCCGUCUGAAUGUGACACACAUCCAGCUGUGGAUCAUGGACAGCACUAGCUCCUCAGUUGUUGCACCUGUAGUAUCAGCAGAAGUGGAGCACACCACACCAGCACCCAGUCCUUUUUCGGUUCCUCUUCAGAUGCAGCUGUUCUCAUCUCCAGACUACAGGUUGCCUCUGGAUCCCAGCAGCAGAGAUCAGAGUGACAAGGGGUUCUAUGCAGAGAUCUCAAUUGAGAGCCUCGGAGAGAUUUUCCCCAUCAUUAAGGUCAGUAGCUGUUGGGUUCGCUCCAUGCCAGUGGUGAGGAAAAUAUCGUUCGAAGAGGAGGCAUGCAACAUCAAGAACUGUCCUAAGAGACUCUCCUUCAAGAUGCUUCAGGACCUGCCAUCCAGUUCGUGGGACCUCGAAUGUGCAGUAAAACUUUGUACAGAAAGUAAAAAUUUCUGUACACCCGAAACUCAAGUCAAGAGGAGCUUGCAGGUCAAGCCAUAUAUCCCAUACCAAAAUCCGUGUUUUGAGUUCGGACUCUUGGCUGUUCUGGGAAUCGCAUUCGGAGGAUUUCUGAUUGGAGUUCUCCUCACCGGUGCUUUAUGGUUCAUUAAGAUACGAACAGGGCAUCCUGUGGCUCUGGGAAUGAGAUCAACGGCAGCUGAGCUCUCAGUCUUCUCUAUAUCCGGAUGCCCUUGUGGUUUGACCAAACGGCAGCCAGUGCCCACCCACCCGUCUCCCUCCGAGGACAGCAGUGCCAACGCCAGCAUUGGCAGCACCCAGAGCACACCCACCAGCAGCAUGGCAUAAUGCCAUCGCCACGAGUCCCUCUGCACCUAACGCUCUCUUUCUCUUGAAACCAUCUCGCUCCAUAUGUCCUAUCAUCCAGAGCGAAAGAAAAAGAGAGUCAGUAGCAAUCCUGAAACGUUCCCUGUACCUCACAAUACUCCAUUUGUAUUCCCGGCUACGGGAAGUCAGUGGGGACGAAGAACAAAAAAAGAAAAAAGCUUGGCUCCCAGAGACAGGAAAAACAAUGCAUAACCCCCAGGAACUAACAGGAAAUUCGUCGCAUUCUUGCGCCGGUGCCUCUCUGAUUUCACAGACAAACAGUGGUCUGACGCAUCAGUUCGCUUUCAGACACAGCUAAAUGUGGCUCAGAGGCGACCGAACAAACGUCAGACCACCCCAUAUCCAAACACUCAUCUGUGGACUGAACUGAUGAAAUAUUCCAACAAAUCAAACUAUUGGACAUGAAUAUAAAAGGAAUACCUUGUUUAGUUUUAGAGUUCUUACUGAAAAGGCUGUCUCAAAUGGGACAGAUUGGGAAAUGGCUACCUCUGAGUCUCUGUGGAUAUAGAUUUGUUUAAUAUUUGUUUGACCAUAACUAGAAACAGUUGCUGAAUCUCAUGAAAUCUGCCAAAACGUAUCCUAUUUAACCACUAAUCAAUAGAAAUGCAGAAGCAGUACCUUUUUUUUUUUUUUUUUUAGCAAAGUGACAUUUUCUGAUGCAGUCAGAAAUCAGAAGUGUAAUUCUACAAUGAGAAUUUUUAGCAGACUUCUAUAUUUGCGUUCAGUUAUUUCACUUUAA